AUGGCAUACUCCGAGCAUUUUUCUCUUGGCAACAUUCCCUAUGGAAUUGCAACCACGAUAAGUGAUGCACACCGGGAUAGAGCAGUGGUCACCCGGUUGGGAGACAAGGUUAUAUUUGUAGGGGAUUUGUCGUUGGAUGCAACGGAUCAAGUGAACGCAGCUCUGAAGCAGCCUACCCUUAACGAAUUAGCAGCCCUAAGCAGGUCUGAACAGCAGCAGCUCAGGCAAAAGCUGAAGUCCGUCCUUUCUGAUAGCACGGCUGUGAACAGACAUGGAUUCAAGCUGGCAGAAGUGGUGCUUCAUUUGCCCAUUACCGUAGCUGGAUUCACAGACUAUUCGUGCUCAAAGGAACACGUGCUGAACGCCGGAGAGGCCGUGUUUGGCAAGCGGUCCAUGCCACCUGCAUUUUUACAUUACCCAGUCGGAUAUUCAGGCACGUCAUCAACGAUUGUUGUCUCGGGCACGCCAGUGCAGAGGCCGAAUGGCAUGUAUCGGGCAGGGGAAACAAUCGAGUUCGGUGCCAGCAGAGCAAUGGAUUACGAGCUCGAGUUUGCUGCCGUGAUUGGAAAGCCAACGAAAAUGGGCGAGAGUGUGAAGCUGGACAACGCUGAUGACCAUAUUUUCGGGCUGGUCCUACUCAACGACUGGAGCGCUCGUGAUAUCCAAGGACUUGAGAUGACUCCACUGGGACCGAUGAAUGGCAAGAGCUUUUCGACAUCGAUUUCUCCUUGGGUCAUCACGUUGGAUGCCCUGGAACGUUUUGCGACUGCUGCUCCGACGAAGGAAAUCCCAGUUGCUGCGUUUCUGCACGACAAGAAGGAAAAGCCAAGCUAUAACAUCGAGCUGCAGGCAGAGCUCCUUCGGGGUGACAACUCAACUAAGCUGUGUACUGCUAAUGUAUCAUGGAUGUACUGGACAUUCCGCGAUCUCGUGGUGCAGAAGACCAUCAACGGAUGCAAUCUCAAUACUGGCGAUCUUCUGGCCACAGGCACAGUGUCCGGUGUGGGCGACGACGAGCAUGGUUGUCUCUUGGAAAUGACCAAAGGCGGCAAGGUUGAGUUUGAGAUAGUUGGUGGAGCAAAGAGAACCUACCUGCAAGAUGGGGAUGGUGUUAGAAUGACGGCAUACUGCGGCGGUGGUGUUGGUUUUGGAGAUUGCACUGGAUUCAUAACUCCGGCAAAGAUAAUGUAG